CGGUGACUAGCUUAGAUCAACACAAGUGGCAUGCCUUCAUCUUGGGUUGCUGAAACGGCAGUUUGGCGCAAGAUUUUGAGCAUUUGCCUGUAAUUUGAGUAAAAGGGUAUGUUGGAUUUUAUCAUCUUUUCAUUAUAACUUUCGGGUUUUUGACGGAAUUUAAAGGAACACGUUUUACCCAGGGUUAUAAUAUCUCGUCCUUUUAGUUAUAGUUUGGCGUAUAGUAUAGUCUUGAAAACGAUUUUGUCAAAUAUUUGAAAAAAGGCCAAAGUUGCCAUUUGAGGAUUUCGCCGAACUGAUUACUUACAAUAUAAAAACUAUAAGACAUUUGUAUUAGCUUUACAACUGAAACUUUCAUUCACCAACGGAUUUUAGAAUUUGAGGAUACUUCAUUGUAUAAGAUGCAUUGACAAGUCAGGAUUCGAUAUAGUUUGGGCAGUAACUGAAUAAUCAUUGUCAGUUUGGCAGGGGAUCAUAAUCCGGACGAUAUAUAUAACGCGUUAUUGCUAGGAACUUACGGAUUAAAGAAACUGAGGGCUGAUGAUACGUCAUGUCAGGUUUAGAGGAAUAUUUAGUCAAACUAGAAACUCUCGGCAUCAUCCUGUUAUGCAUCCUGCAAACAAUAUGGACCAAGGACCCGACCGCCACGACGGAGAAGGGCAGAGUCCGCGGAGUGUCCUACAACGUCCUCGGCAAAACCGUCGACGCGUACCUGGGGAUUCCUUUCGCGCAGCCUCCGCUUGGUGGGCUGCGGUUCAAGCAUCCACUCCCUAACGAUCCGUGGCAUGGCACUUUCAACGCAACAAAAUUACCCAACACUUGCAUACAAGGCUACGAUGCCGCAUUUGGUAACUUCUCAGGGUCACAAAUGUGGAAUCCUAAUACGAAUGUGUCUGAGGACUGCUUGUACUUGAAUGUGUGGGUGCCUAGGACUAGUACGGAGCUACGAGACGCGGCAGUCCUCGUGUGGAUUUACGGCGGUGGAUUUUCUUCGGGGACGUCAACUUUGGAUGUUUACGACGCGAAAAUUCUAGCGGCGGAAAACGAAGUGAUUGUGGUGUCCAUGCAAUAUCGUGUCGGAAUGUUAGGUUUCCUGGCCCUGGGGACCCCGGAGAUCCCGGGGAACGCCGGCCUUUUCGACCAGUUACUGUCUCUGGAGUGGAUACAAAACAACAUCGAGUUCUUUGGUGGUGAUGCUAAUAAUGUUACCCUGUUCGGCGAGAGUGCUGGCGCCUCUAGUGUUAGCAUGCACACGUUCUCGCCGCUGAGUCGGGGGAAAUUUGCACGAGCUAUCAUGCAAAGUGGUACCGCGAAUGCCUACUGGGCAACAUACUCGCUGGAGGAAGCUCGGAGCAGGGCAAGGGAGGUGGCGAAAGCUGUGUCAUGUCCUCAGAAUGAUUGGAAUAGAAUGGCAGAGUGCUUCAGGCGAAUGCCUGCAGAAAUGUUCCCAGAAAAAGAAUUUUCCGCCGUACUGGGCAUCAUGCAGUUCCCCUUCGUUCCAGUAAUAGACGGGUCCUUUUUUAUAGAGACCCCCAUCCAGUCACUGGAGAGGGGCAACUUCAAAAAGACUCCGAUUCUCGUUGGGAGCAAUAAGGACGAAGGAGUGUAUUUUUUACUUUACUAUUUGAGUGAGUUGUUUUCAAGAGAGCGCCCAGGUGAUAUUACUUACGCUCAGUUCAAACUCAGCAUUGAGCGCCUAUUUUACUAUUACCCUCAAUAUCCGCAGGAGUUGAACUCAUUCGGUAUCAACGCCAUAACCUUCCAGUACACAAAUUGGUUAAGCAUAAAUGACUACAAAGCCAACAGAGAAAAUCUGGACGAUGCAGUAGGGGACCUCCAUCUUGUUUGCGGGGUCAACAAAUACGCGGAAAUGUACGCGAAAGCGGGACAGAGUGUAUACUAUUAUUAUUUUACGCAUCGUUCUUCCAAAAGUCCGUGGCCAAUUUGGUUAGGAGUUAUGCACGCUGACGAGAUAAACUAUGUGUUCGGGGAGCCGCUGCGGCCUGGAUACGGAUACAAACACGCGGAGAAGCAGCUUAGUAAGAAAAUGAUGCAGUAUUGGGUCAACUUUGCAAAAACUGGUGACCCAAACAGAUCGCCAGGUCUGCCAAGUUUGAACGAAUGGCCUCUACACACGUACGAGGGGAGAGAAUACUUAGAAUUGAAUACCAAACUCAUGAACGAGCCGGACAAGUCAAAGGCUGUGGGGUAUGGUCCACGAGCCCAGGAAUGUGCAUUUUGGCAGGAGUAUCUACCUCAACUUGUAACUGCCACAGAUAAACGGAUCGUCACACCAUCCACAUGUGAGAAAAGUAGCAGCAAGGCACCUUCUGUCAGUGACACAGCGCGCCCAAUGAAGGUUCUUAUUCUUGCGUGUCUUAUUUUGAUAUGGAGGUGAAGCCACUUAGCUCAGGGAUCAGCAUAACGUCAACACCUCACCCUGGACCAGCCAAAUUGAAAUCACUGAGCUCAGAGACCAGCGUAACGUCAACACCUCACUCUGGACCAGCCAGAUUGAAGUCACUGAGCUCAGGGACCAGCGUAACGUCAACCCCUCACCCUGGACCAGCCAAAUUGAAAUCACUGAGCUCAGAGACCAGCGUAACGUCAACACCUCACUCUUGACCAGCCAAAUUGAAGUCACUGAGCUCAGGAACACAUCUCUCUGGAUUAGCCAGAUUGAAGUCACUGAGUAUAGGGACCAGCAUAACAUCUACACCUCACUCUGGACCAGCCAGAUUGAAGUCACUGAGUUCAGGGACCAGCAUUUCAUCGACACCUUACUCUGGACCAUCUAGAUGGCAGAAUCCCUUUUCUAUGGUUUUCUUUUAUGAAGAAAACCGUUGUUGAAUAUAUAAUUCAAAUCACUAAUACAUAACAUAUGCCAGUACAUGUAUGAAUAUGUAAGUUUUGUUAGAUAUAUUAGUUGGUUUAUCUUACAUUAAUUUUCCUUUUUGAGACCCGCUAUGAUCCGUAGUUGACACUAAAUCUUAUCAUCUACAUGUAGAUAGAGUACGUAACUCCCUUCCUUCACAUCGUCAUGUAUAGUCCAGGGACAAAAUCAACUUAAUGUCGUGCUUGUAAGAUAUUUCUGUGCAACACCGUAAAAAGUAAACCAAGCGUCCGGGUUGGGUUGCUUCUCAGUCAGACUUGCUUUCGUCAGUCAUCAGCAUCAGAGAAGGCUGUGGAGCUUUCACGGUAUGGCCUUGGGGCGAUCACCCUCCAUCGACCGCGUUAAAACGAAGUCGUGGCGUCGUAGGUGAACACACUACUGCAGGCCGAGAGAAUCAAGACGUUCCCGAGAAAUGUCAAGCUGGUGUCUUCAAAAGAUUAGGUGCAAAUUGAUUUUUUUCUAUAUCAUGGGAUUAUGAUUGAUGAAAGUUCUUUGUACAGUCAGAGAAAUGACUACACGGAACAGAGCAUAGUAAUAAUGCGUACAUUUAGCGUGGUACUCCUGAGACAAGACCACCAUUGAUUUUCCAAGCCAUUUCCAGUUAUUUCGAAUGCCCGCCAUCAAAUACUGCGUUGGGUUGUGAAACUGAUAUUCGGAUAUGAUAUACGGGUUAGUCUUGGGAGUAACUGGUGCGACUUAAACUGGUAGUUGACCAAUAGGUCUGGAACCUCCAACCUAUGAAUAUUCAAUGGUGAUAUUGUCUCUUCUUUAAGUGAAUUUGUUACGACGGAUAAUGUUAUAUUUUUUUCUUAACUGUGGACAAUGUACUUAAUGUAUAUCAAUGUUAACCCCAAAUACUUAACGCUUGUAAAUAAUCAUGAGUUAUAAUGUAUAAUGUUUAUAAUGUGUUAAAUUUGUGUAAAUUGUUGAUACAAUGUCAACGUAGUCGGAUCAUAUUGCAGGCAACGGAAAGUAUACAAGUGAGAAAAGUGUGUUUUUUUUGUUUAUAGGACACCGGGCCGCGAAUUUGUUUUUCCCAAACAGGAUUGCCAUCGUCUGGACUACUAAAAAGUUUACCAAGCAGAGAGAAUAGUUUGAAAAAGGCGACGCCUGGGGUAGGAUUCGAUCCAGGGAUCUACAGUAGCCGGGGCAGUGUGCAUGAACAUGUUCCAUAUCCAUACCCGUGAUGUUGUAUCAGUUGUGAAAAUGACUGUAAAAAUGUGUGUAUACCUAUAAGUGUACCUGUACAUGUAUGUGAAAUAAUUUCAGAAAAUGUACCGGUAUGUGAUAUAUAGUUCAGGUAAACGACAUUUAUAAUUUUGUACAUUUUUACUGAGUUAUAUUGUGAACAAUGUUCUUGAAUGUCAAUGGGUUCACCAUAUAAAUGUGCCGUCAAACAAAUUGUAUAUUAUCAAUGAAUAUACGUGUUUAUGUUGUAAAAUGUGGCCAUAUCGACUAAUUUGAGAAAGAAAAAAAUUACACUGAGAAAAUAAUGCGCUAGCAGCCUUUUUUUCACGAAUAAAAAAUGCGAUCUUCAUUUUUGACAUUGACUCCGGAGGUGUUGAUGCGAUUGAGUGCAAACAACGGUUGACCAAUGAGCUUUUGAGGGAUUACACAGUUUCUUAAAGGAACCGUACCUCAAUACGAUGUCAAGCCGUCACUAAUUUAUUAGCCGGAGCAUCUCGUUGAGAGAAUUAUUGCAGUCGUUGUGAAAUAAAAAAGGAUUAUCGCCAUGAUAAACAAUUCCUUUUAUUUCGAACUAUCAUAACGUUCUCCUUGUUAAAUAUCGUGCAAUGGAAAUAAACUUCAUGUCAAAUGUGU